CUCCGCCCCGCUACGCCUCCGAACCUCCUUGCGGUCGCGAUGUCUGACAGCCAAGAUGCAGCAUCUCCGGCGAGCAGGGCGUCCAGCACCAAGACUGCAGCAGGUGCAGACUCUGGGCCCAGACGCUCGGGGGCAGCAGACACUCUGAAAGAGCCACUGAAGGGUGGUGAGGGCGAUUCUGCUAUUCCUGCGGACACGAAGCAAGAGGCACUGGAGAACGCGGAGGAGGACUGGGCGCACGAUCCCGCAAAUCCUCGCAAUUGGAAGUUUGGAAAAAAGUGGACCAUGACCGCAAUCGUUUCGUUGUACACCUUCAUUACACCUCUUGCCAGUUCCAUGAUGGCUCCAGGUUUACCGCAGAUAGCUGAACACUACAAGAUCACGAACGAAACCGUCACAGCCCUGACGCUCAGUAUCUUCUUGCUGACCUUUGCCAUCGGGCCGUUGUUCUUUGGACCCAUCUCCGAGAUGUACGGUCGUACAUGGGUCUAUCACAUCGCGAAUCUGCUUUUCCUGGCAUUCAACCUCGGGUGCGCGUUCUCCGACACGAUCGGUAUCCUCCUGGGCUUCCGAUUGCUCGCUGGCUUCGCAGGCAGUGCGCCUAUCGCAUGCGGCGGUGGAACUGUCAGCGACCUGUUCUCCGAGAAGGACCGCGCGUCGGCCAUGGCAGUCUUUUCACUGGGUCCUCUGAUCGGCCCUGUUGUGGGUCCUAUUGCAGGCGGCUUCAUUGCGCAGACAAUCGGCUUCAAGUACGUGUUCAUCGUAAUUGCCGCACUUUGCGGCGUGGGGGCGGUAUUAGGUAUACCGUUCCUCCGGGAGACAUACCACCCUACAAUCCGCCUGCGUCGGGCUAAGCGUGCAAGCGACCCAGAGAAGGUGGCGGAAGCGCACCCGCACCUCAUCAAGGAGCAUAGUGGAAAGCUGCAUAGGAUCCGCGUCGACCUGAGCCGGCCAUUCAUUCUUCUCACAACAAGCUAUGUUUGCUUCCUGCUUAGUCUGUACAUGGCUCUCAUAUACGGCAUCUACUACCUGAUGUUCACGACCUUCCCUGACCUGUUCACGAUCGAUUAUGGCUUCGGCAUCGGCGUCAGCGGUCUGGCCUACAUCGGCUUAGGGCUGGGAUUCGUGUUGGCUACUGUGGUCGGUGCCAGCGUUGCCGACUCAAUAUACCACAAACUUGCUCAGCGUAAUGGAGGGAAAGGGACACCGGAGAUGCGCAUACCCGCCCUCAUCUUUGGAUCAUUAUUCGUGCCAAUAGGCCUCUUUUGGUACGGCUGGUCAGCGCAGGCACAUACCCACUGGAUAAUGCCCAUCAUCGGUUCCGGCAUUUUCGGGUUCGGUAUGAUGACCACAUUCCUUCCCAUACAACUGUACCUCGUAGAUUCGUUCGCCUAUGCUGCGAGUGCACUAGCAGCAGCUUCUGUCUUCCGUUCGAUGCUAGGCUUUGCGUUCCCCCUCUUCGGCCAGCAGAUGUUCGACGCGCUGGGCUACGGAGGCGGCAACUCCCUGCUCGCGGGGCUCGGCAUCGUCAUCGGCAUACCCUUCCCCAUCUGGCUCUACUUCUCGGGCGAGCGGAUACGCGCCAAGAGCUCGCUUUCACGAUGAUUUCGCUCACAUCAGCAUUCCUUGCGUGCUCUUAGAGGAGCAGGGACGUUCAUGAUCUUUUUUUUUUUACGAUAAUAGACUUCGGGAAUCCGUGUGCACGCCCAUCAUUUGACAACCUAGUAGCAUGACCAUACGUAUAAUACCACUUCGCAUACAUCCUGUACAGUUGCAGCGUGUCAUCAGAGUAUCAGUAACCCAUGAACAUGAAUGGAAGCACUGCCGUGAGGGACUAACGGUUGGGAGACUGUCUUUGUCUUCGGUCGUACCCAGGCCGUAUGCUUGAUUCAGCUGGUGCACUGA